AUGAAACUCUCUUCUUCCCUCAAUCUCCACAACAACUCCUCAAUGGCAUUCUCUUCCGCACUCCGUCUCCUCACACUCUCUCCUUUCACUCCCGCCACACGCCUCUCAUUUCUCCGCCGCACUACGCCGGAUAUCCGAUUCCUCUCUGCCUCUUCCCGACGUCGUCCCUCCACGUCUAUCAAGGCUGCUUCUAGUGGUGUUGGACGCCGUGACGAACCGGGGCAAGACGGAAAUGGAAGUUUGGCGGUGGUGGAUAGUAACGGUAGUGAUGUUGUUAAGAAGAGCGAGGGGAGGAUUGUGUUGACUGAACUUCAUAAAGAGGCAACGGAAGCUUACAUGGCGUAUGCUAUGUCGGUUUUGCUUGGUCGUGCUUUGCCUGAUGUUCGUGAUGGGUUGAAGCCUGUUCAUAGAAGGAUUCUAUUUGCAAUGCACGAGCUCGGCCUUUCGUCCAAAAAACCAUUCAAGAAAUGUGCAAGAGUUGUUGGAGAGGUAUUGGGAAAAUUCCACCCUCAUGGUGACUCUGCUGUAUAUGAUUCCAUGGUUCGGAUGGCCCAGGAUUUUUCAUUACGAAGUCCUUUGGUUAAUGGUCAUGGAAAUUUUGGGUCAAUUGAUGCUGACCCUCCUGCCGCCAUGCGUUACACAGAGUGCAGAUUGGAAGAAUUGGCUGAAGCAAUGUUGUUGGCAGAUCUUGAUCAAGAUACAGUUAAUUUCGUUCCAAAUUUUGAUAACUCACAGAAAGAGCCGUCAGUCCUACCAGCUCGUCUUCCAACCUUAUUGUUGAACGGUUCUUCUGGGAUUGCGGUUGGCAUGGCGACUAAUAUCCCUCCUCAUAAUCUCGGGGAAGUAGUAGAUGUGCUCUGUGCUAUAAUACAUAAUCCAGAAGCUACUCUGCAAGAAUUACUUGAAUACAUGCCGGGACCCGACUUUCCCACAGGAGGACUGAUUAUGGGAAACCUUGGGAUCUUAGAAGCCUACCGUACUGGUCGUGGACGCGUUGUUGUCAGAGGAAAAACUGAUGUUGAAUUGCUUGAUUCUAAGUCGAAACGGAGUGCCAUAAUAAUUAAGGAGAUUCCUUACCAGACAAACAAAUCAGCUUUGGUUGAGAAGAUUGCCGAUCUUGUGGAAAACAAGAGUUUAGAUGGGAUAAGUGAUAUCAGGGAUGAGAGUGAUCGCUCUGGAAUGCGUGUAGUCAUUGAGCUGAAGCGGGGGUCAGAUCCAUUGAUUGUUUUGAAUAAUCUUUAUCGCUUAACUUCUCUGCAGUCUGCAUUUAGUUGCAACAUGGUGGGCAUUCUUAACGGACAACCUAAACAAAUGGGAUUGAAAGAAAUAUUACAGGCAUUCUUAGACUUCAGAUGCUCUGUUGUUGAAAGACGUGCAAGAUUUCAGUUAUCAAAAGCACAACAGAGAAGACAUAUUGUUGAGGGUAUUCUUGUUGGGUUCAAUAAUCUGGAUGCGGUGAUUCACAUAAUACGUGAAGCUUCAAGUAACUCAAUUGCUGCAGCCGGGCUACGAAAUGAGUUCAAUCUCUCUGAGAAACAAGCUGAAGCUCUUUUGGACAUGAGCCUAAGAAGACUAACCCUUCGUGAGAGUGACAACUUUGUGGCUGAAAAUAAGUCUUUGACCGAACAAAUUUCCAAGUUAGAGGAACUGUUGUCCACCAGGAAAAAUAUUCUGGAGCUUAUAGAACAAGAAGCAAUUGAUCUGAAAAACAAGUUUGCUAGUCCGAGGCGUUCAAUUUUGGAGGACACAGAUGAUGGUCAGCUUGAGGAUAUUGAUGUUAUUCCAAAUGAAGAAAUGCUAUUGACACUUAGCGGAAAAGGUUAUUUGAAGCGUAUGAAGCCAAAUACUUUUAACCUACAACAUCGUGGAACAAUUGGCAAAUCAGUAGGCAAACUAAAAAUGAACGAUUCAAUGUCUGAUUUCAUCGUUUGUCGCGCACAUGAUUAUGUCCUUUAUUUCAGUGAUAGGGGAACGGUAUACUCAGCUCGUGCCUACAAAAUUCCAGAGUGUAGCCGGACUGCUUCUGGCACACCACUUGUUCAAAUCUUAUCUUUAUCCGAUGGCGAAAAAAUAACAUCCAUAAUUCCUGUGAGUGAGUUCACCGAAGACCAGUUUUUGCUGAUGCUUACAGUGCAAGGGUAUGUCAAAAGAGUACCCUUGAAUUCAUUUUCAUCAAUCAGAUCAACUGGAAUCAUUGCAACUCAAUUGGUUCCCGGUGACGAGCUGAAAUGGGUCCGUUGCUGCACAAAUGAUGACUUUGUGGCUAUGGCUUCACACAAUGGACUGGUCAUAUUGAGUCUAUGUAGUAAGAUUCGCACGCAAGGGAGAAAUACGAGGGGUGCACAGGCAAUGAGGCUCAAAAAAGGGGAUAAGAUGGCAAGUGUGGACAUCAUACCAGCAGCCAUGUGGAACAACCUGGAAACCACAUCAAAACUUCCUGGGAGCAAUGGAAAGAGUCACGAUGGCCCAUGGCUGUUGUUUAUUUCCGAGAGUGGUUAUGGAAAGCGGGUUCCUUUAAGCCGUUUUCGAAUGUCAUCUUUGAAUCGAGUUGGUCUGAUUGGAUACAAGUUUUCUGAUGAGGACUGUCUGGCCGCUGUAUUUGUAGUAGGAUUCGCAUUAGCAGAGGAUGGUGAAAGUGAUGAACAAGUGGUUCUUGUUAGCCAAAGUGGUACAGUCAACAGGAUUAAAGUUCGGGAUAUUUCGAUUCAAUCUCGAUUUGCAAGGGGAGUUAUUUUGAUGAGACUUGAUCAUGCUGGAAAGAUUCAGUCUGCUUCCUUAAUCUCAGCAACAGAAUACGAGCCUGAAGAAGUUCUUGAUAUUGCUCAAGUCUAG